UGAUGCCUGCGUGUGUAAACAGAAUACUGCAUUCGGUUGGCUACGGUUAAGAUCAGAUUUCCCGAGUUUCAGCAAACAAGCGUUCCGUCAGCCGCCGUGAACACGAUGUCCUCCUGGGAAGAGAUUCAGGCCGUCAAAGCCAAACGGAACACACUGCGGGAACGGCUAGAGAAGCGCAAAAAAGAACGCCAGGAUUUGCUCGGUGGCAGUAGCCCCGGUCCCAGUGUAGUGGGACUAAUUAAAACAGAAGCCGGUGGUUCCGGUGGCGAUGACAAGAGUAAAAUUCUCCUGACAACAAUUAAACUGGAGCAAGAUCUUGAUUUAGAGGUCGAAAAGACGCUAGUCCAAGUGCUGGCCGAUCGCAGUCUAAUUUUGCCGACCAAUUCGACACAAAUCGGACAGCGAGUGGAAAAGUUAAUUCAGAAACCAACAACAAGUGAUUCGAUACUGUACUAUUUGCAAAAACUGUCCGGUCAGAAUCUGGUCAACAUGAAGGAAGUCAGUAUAGCUGGAAUGGUGGGUUACGAGGUCAUAUCCGCUGAGUAUGGCAGCUUGAAGUCACUGUACGAUGACUUGCUGCUCAAUCACAAUGAACGGGAAGGUACAAAACGAAAGGGUGUUAAAAUAGAGAAGGAUUCCGACAUGAAACUAGCUCGUUUGAUCUCCGGAUCGAUUAAAGAAGAGGCACAGCGAAAAUCGGGUGAAUCGAGUCUACUGAGUAAUACAUCCGAUAUCAUGUCACUGCUGUCGAUGCCCUCGACCCGGGAGAAACAAAGCAAAAAAGUUGGCGAAGAAAUUCUGGAACUGUUGACUAAACCUACGGCCAAGGAGCGCUCGUUGGCGGAAAAGUUUAAAUCGCAGGGUGGCGCUCAGGUGAUGGAGUUUUGUCCCCAUGGGACACGGAUCGAAUGUUUGCGCUCGCUGGAGGCAGCAAAUGAUGCCCACCUGAAGAAGGAAGAUGAUGACGAUGUUAUCAUAAGUGAUGAUAAUAACGGGUUUGAAAUCGUAGAGAUUAAAAAAGAACCGAAUGACAAUGCAAAGUAUUUAUGCAACAAGUUGCAUUUUAAGAAAAUAAUUCAAUCACAUACAGACGAAUCACUGGGAGAUUGCAGUUUCCUGAACACGUGUUUUCACAUGGACACCUGCAAGUAUGUUCACUACGAGGUCGAUACGUACGUUGGGUUGAAUACGGGAUCGAAGUUCGAAGGAGAUGGAUCGCUCUUAUCCAAACGGACCGUCGAUCCCUGCGCUACGCUGUAUCCGCCGCAAUGGAUUCAGUGUGACUUGCGCUACUUAGAUAUGACCGUUCUGGGCAAGUUCGCUGUGGUCAUGGCCGAUCCGCCCUGGGACAUUCACAUGGAGUUACCGUACGGGACCAUGUCGGACGACGAGAUGAGACAGCUGGGAGUUCCGGCUUUGCAAGACGAUGGUUUAAUAUUUCUUUGGGUCACUGGCCGAGCCAUGGAACUUGGCCGGGAGUGUCUAAAGCUGUGGGGUUACGAACGAGUCGAUGAGUUGAUUUGGGUAAAAACCAAUCAACUGCAGCGAAUAAUUCGUACCGGACGAACCGGCCAUUGGUUGAACCACGGCAAGGAACACUGCCUGGUGGGAAUGAAGGGAAAUCCGCCGAAUUUGAAUCGAGGCUUGGAUUGCGACGUCAUCGUGGCCGAAGUACGGGCGACCAGUCACAAACCGGAUGAGAUUUAUGGCAUCAUCGAACGGCUGAGCCCCGGGACCAGGAAAAUUGAACUUUUCGGUCGACCUCACAAUGUCCAACCCAAUUGGAUAACACUCGGCAAUCAGCUGGAUGGCAUUCGGUUAGUUGAUCCUGAACUUAUCAGCUCAUUUCAAAAGCGAUACCCCGACGGAAACUGCAUGACACCCGGAAAGAAUCCCUAAUUUAUAGUCUAUAUUUGCACGAAUAAAGUAUUUUUUUUCUAA